CAAUGUACACGUUUCUGAUCGUGAUCGUGCCACGUACUAUUAGGUUUUAGACAUGGAUCUGUCAAAAGCUCUCCUAUAUCCAUUUCCCCGCAUACCGUUCUGUCUAUUACCCCCUGCAAAUAUACUGACUACCGUGGGACACAAUUCUUGUACAUUUAUUUACAUUCCAUUCGCCUUGUCUUUUCUUCUCUCAUAUUAUAUCCUUUUGCUGUCUCUUGUCACAUACAUGUAUGGUCUGAAUGCGGGACUGGAUCGACAGAACUUCCGCUAUCCUGUCAUCAUCUAUCUACCUUGACAUUGUGUUGGUUGUCUUCUGGUGUAACAUGUUGCUUGCUUGUUUCUUCGAUAGAAUCUCCCGUCUUCCAUCAAUCAACGGCGCUCGGCGAUUUAUGGGCUGCAAAGUCUUUAUAAU